UGUUCCGCAAAGCAGAAGUGUUGCGGAUGUGGGCAGCAGUGCGCAGCGGCCUGAGUGCUGCAGCAGCGCCGCUCGAUCAGCCAUGAAUCCGGAGGAGCAAGCUGUAACCUGGCUCAUAUCCCUAGGAGUCCUUAAUUCCCCGAAAAAGAACAUCGCGGAUCCGGAAGGAUUUCUCAAAGCAUCACUCAGGGAUGGGGUCGUUUUGUGCAAGCUUAUGGAGCGACUGGUACCGGGAUCUAUCGCAAAGUAUUGUCCGGAUCCUAAAUGUGAAGCUGACUGCAUUGCCAACAUUCGGGAGUUUCUGAAAGGAUGCAUCUCUUUGAAGGUUGAGGGUUUUGAACCAGAGAGCUUAUACACUGGUGAGAAUUUCAGCAAGGUUCUGUCCACACUGUCAGCAAUAAACAUCGCCACUCAAGAUCGUGAUACUGAGAGGUCAUGUCCACAGUCCAGCUCCUCCUCUACUCCUAGUUUGUCAACCUCAUCAUCAUCCACCUCAAAGUCCAAAUCCUUACGGAGACAAUCAAAAGCAGUGGAGAUGUCAGAAAAUGGAGGAGGUGGCCAGCUGGUGGUGAAGGCACGCUUCAACUUCAAGCAGAACAACGAGGACGAGCUGUCAUUCAGCAAGGGUGAGCUGAUCCACGUCACCCGGCAGGAGGAGGGCGGAUGGUGGGAGGGGACACUCAAUGGCAAGACUGGCUGGUUCCCUAGCAACUAUGUCCGAGAGGUCAAACCAUGUGAGAAACCAAUCUCCCCGAAAGCUGUGAAGGGGUUCGAUGUUCCACAGCUGACCAAAAACUACUAUAAUGUGGUGGUGCAAGACAUCCUGGAGUACGAGCGCGAGUUUGUAAAAGAGCUCCAGACGGUUCUCACCUGCUACCUGCGACCUCUACAGGGUAGUGACAAGAUUUCAAGUGUAGAGAGCAGCAGUUUAUGUGGGAACUUGGAGGAAAUACUCACUUUCCAACAGGGACUCUGUGCGGCUUUGGAGGAAUGUAGCAAGAUGCCUGAAGGUCAGCAGCGCCUCGGUGGCUGUUACAUGAACAUGAUGUGCCAGAUCCGAAUGCUGUACCUGUCCUACUGCUCCAGCCACCCUUCUGCAGUGGCUGUACUCACUGACCACAGUGAGGAGCUAGACAAGUUCAUGGAGAGUCAGGGAGCCAGUGCUCCAGGUAUCCUGACUCUGACCACCAGCUUGAGCAAGCCCUUCAUGAGGCUGGAAAAAUAUCCCACCCUGCUGCAGGAGCUGGAAAGACAUGUGGAGGAAGCCCAUCCAGACUACAGUGACAUUCUGAAAGCAAACAUUGCUUUUAAAAAUCUUGUGAUGCAAUGCCAGGAACUGCGCAAGCGAAAGGACCUGGAGGUGCAGAUCCUGUCCGAGCCAGUGCGUGGCUGGGAGGGAGACAGCAUCAAGUCCCUCGGCCAGGUGGCCUACAUGUCCCAGGUGCACGUGCAGAGCAGCUCUAGUGAGGAAAAAGAAGAGCGCUACUUCAUGCUGUUUCCUAAUGUUCUAAUUAUGUUGUCUGCCAGCCCACGAAUGAGUGGCUUUAUCUAUCAGGGACGGCUGCAGCUUUCAGGAACUACAGUGACCAAACAUUUGGACGAUGCAGAACCCGGUCAUUAUGCGUUUGAGAUUGGAGGAGGUAUGAUAGAGCGCGUGACAGUUUUCUGCAGUAGUUCCCAAGAACUGCAGGAAUGGCUCGAGCACCUGCAUACUUUUACCAAAGGUGGAAGUCCAGUAGGAACCAUCCUGAAGAAUGUAGAAGGCAAGCCCAUGAGCAUCGUGGGCACACCGUCUCACCUGAGCCACACGCAGGGCUUUGGGACAUCUACAGGCACUCGAUGCCCUCUGGAGCCACCGAAGAUCACCAAGCCGUGGUCUCUGAGCUGCCUGAGACCAGCUCCCCCACUUAAACCGUCUGCCGCACUGGGCUACAAAGAGAGGAUGUCUUAUAUCAUGAAGGAUUCCAGCAAAAGCCCUAAACCCAUCAAGAAGUUCCUGAACAAGAGAAAGACAGAGAGAAAACCAUCUGAUGAUGAAUAUUUGCUCAGAAAAAGUACUGCCGCUUUGGAAGAAGAUGCCCAAAUUCUAAAGGUGAUUGAAGCUUAUUGUACUGGAGCCAGCCUGCACCAAACCACAACAGCUGUGCGUAAGGACAGUAUCCCUGCAGUCCUGCUACCAGAGGAGGAGAAGAUCAUCGUUGAAGAGAUGAAGAGCAACGGCCAGACAAUCACUGAGGAGAAAAGCCUUGUUGAUGCUGUUUAUGCAUUAAAAGACGAGGUCCACGAGUUAAAGAAGGAGAACAGGUGGAUGAAACAGUGUCUGGAAGAGGAGCAGAAAUCCCGCAAAGAGCUUGAACGUUUGGUCAGGAAGCUGGCUAAACAGAAGAAUGACUAUACGUGGGAAGAUGGAGCCCACUGAGUAACAUUCUAAAUGUUCUCCCCUUCCGCAUGUGAGUGUGUGCGCGCGUGUAUGAGAGUGUGUGGGUGGAUGAGUUGCUGGUUUUGGGUUCACACCAAAUGUUGCAUUGAGAAAGCCUUCCUGCCUUGUAAACUUUUUUUUUUUUUAAGAAUAACUUUCUUUGCAGCUUUCUUGCAAUGAGAUCAUUUGUGCUUGACUGGGUUUCAAAAGUGGUGAGAGUGUGUUUAGUGCCUGUGAACAGGGCAAAAAAAUGUGUUAGACACUCAUGCAGCAGAAUUACAAUAUACAACAUAGGUGUGAAAGUCUGCAUCUAGGAUUUUCACCACAGGACUGCCUGUAUCAGAUAUUAUGGACCUGUCCGCAUUCUAACAUUAAGCGGUAGAACUAUAUUACUGAUGCAGUUUAAUAUUAAGAUUAUCAUUACAGUAGAUGUUCACAUGUAGCCAUUAUUUCCAUGCAGUUGGAAAAAGGAAAAAAUUCAGUGUUCAGACUUGGUGGGGAAAUGUGUGGAAAGUAAGAUUCAGUCUUCAACCAGAAAACAUGAGUCUGUGUGUGUGUGUGUGUGUGUGUGUGUGUGUGUGUGUGUGUGUGUGUGUGUUCUGCUGAUGAAGCCACCAUUCAACAAGCAUGAACGUGAACUCAAAGGUGUUAUCUCUUUCGAUGUGAAGCUACCUUUACGGUACACUGGCAGACCCUUUCAAUAAUGGACUUCUCUGUGUGUCUUUAUUUCUAAUUCUGGUUGUUCAUCUGAUUGAUAGAGGAAGCAUUUGUGCUUGAUAUUAGGAACAUGAACUGUGGAAUAUGUUGCACAUGAACGACAUGAGAUGCUCCAGUUGUCAUCUCGAAAUGAUUUGACUGUUCUUUUAUUAUUAUUAUUAUUAUUAUUGUUGUUAUUCUUGUUUAUUAUUAUUAGCAGCUUUUUGAAUAGUUUGCAGGGUAGUUGGUGUGUUAUGUGUUCUUACUGGCCAUCAAAAUAUUCCCUUCAACUCUGUCUGUCGCAAUCUACAAUAUACUGUACAGUAUUUCUAUACCAUUCUUUACACAAGCUAAUCUCAUUUUUGUUUGUUUUUGUCAUACAUGUUCAAAGCUGUUCAUAGCAAAAGAUGCAGCUAUUCAUCGAAAUACAAUGCGUAUUCAAUACUAUUAAGGUAUAAUUUAUAAUGUAUGUAUAUCAUAUAUACUUUGAAACGAUAUAUAAUAGCUAUAGCCAAAAAAUAACCAUGUAAACUUUUCAUAUUUAGAAAUAACACAACAAUUGAUUAUUACCUCCAGAUUCUGAGGUUGCAAUAAUAAUAAUAAUAAUAAUAAUAAUAAUAUAUUUAUUUAUUUUUGAAUGCAGUAGUCCUGUAUUGAGAACAUGGUACUCUGGCCUCUCUAAGCACUCCUCCGAUAACUUUACACCUCAUUUAACAAUCUGGUCUUUGUAGGAAUUUUUUAUCCUCCCAACCCCCCACCUUAUUUGCUUGCGACUUUUUUCAAAAUAUAUAUAUAUAAAGUCAGCUUUCGUAAAUCCUUGCAACCUUGUUGUCGUAAAUCCAUGCUGGAUUUGCAGAGUAAUUCGCAGUAUAUUCACAGCUGCUACAGCAGUAAAUAAAUUCACCGAGCCCUUAUUAAAGGCCGUUGCACUGCAGGAUUAUAUAAUUAUGGCAUUUGUAACUGAAUAACCAAAUUUAGGUGUAAGGGUGUAAGAAAAUAUGAACCGUUUCGAGCUGUGAGAUGUGUUAGUAAUAAUUUUUGUAACCUGUUCAAAUGCUAAACUGGUACCCUGUCGGAGAUGUAGUGUAUGCUCUGCUGCAUUGCCUGACCUUUCUUGUAAAGUAAUCAGGCAUAUGAAUAAUGAAAUUGUAAGGUACUACAGUGGUGCUUGAAAAUUUGUGAACCCUUUAGAAUUUUCUAUAUUUCUGC